UGCUGUCCCGGCGAUUAAAGCACCGAAAAUGGGACGUUAUUGGCUUCUGCGGUGCUUAGGGCGCAGGAUACGCGUCAUAAAUCCGGUUUAUUAUGUGCAGGGAUUGGGCAGGCCCGUUAUACUGAUACUUUACCUCACUGCAAUGUUUUAUAUUUAUUUCUGUAUCAAACUGACUGAGCUUUAGUGAUUGGGCGGGAAUUGUGUCUGAUUUGAGGACAUACAGAAUUUGCCGAUUGAUAUACAGACCAGCCGGCUGCUCGAUUGGCUGGUGGACCGGCGCCACUGCACUCUAAAAUGGCAAAGCAAAGUCCUGCAGAUAAGAGAGAAGAUCAACCAAGCCUUGCAGGACAUGCCCGAGCACGAUGAGAUCCGGAGUCUGCUCUCAGGGACAUAUAUCAACUACUUCCACUGCUUGAAGAUUGUGGAGAUCCUCAAAGGAACUGAAGCAGCAUCCAGGAAUCUGUUUGGGAAGUAUUCUUCUCAGAGAAUGAAGGACUGGCAGGAGGUAGUGUCCUUGUACCAGGCUGACAACACUUAUCUGGGGGAGUCAGCCAGUCUCCUGAUGCGCAGCGUGAGCUAUGAGAUCCCAUCUCUGAAGAAGCAAAUGUCUCGCUGUGAGCAGCUGGCUCUGGAGAGUGAGCGCAGGGCAGUGGAAUGCUUGCACGGAGCAGCAGAGCAGCGAGAACAAUAUUAUAACAGCUGCAAAAACUAUGGGAUCAGUGGUGAGGAUAUACAAAAAGAGCUGCUGGCGUUGGUUUGUGAUGUUCCUUCCUUCCUGAGGCAGAUUGGGGCUGAUGCAGUAGGGUUAUUGUCUGCUAUUCAGCUGUACCAGGCCUGUGUGACCUUUGUCUGUGACAGCUCACCUGAAAAGGCCCUUCCCCUCCUUCGGCAUGUGCAGAAAUGCGGAGAUACCACUGUCUAUGAGUGGCGUGUGGGGAGGGCACCAGAGAGGGUAGAGCGUCCUGAUAAAGGGGAACAAGCGACCCCACCAUGCCCCGAAGAAGGAGAAAUCAACUGGGGAGAUUUUGAGGUGCAACCAUCAACAACAGCUGAAAUAGAAGCAGGGCCUGACAGUAUGGCUACAGGAGACAUAGACUGGGGCAUCUCUCUAGAACCAGAGGCUGCAGAAGUGGGCGGCAUAAACUGGGACGCAGGGGAGGAGCCUACUGCAAUGAUCACUCUGCUCGAAACUGGAACUGAUGGUGUUGCUCGUGGUUCAGACGCUCUGUCGGUCCUAGAAAGUACAGACACAAGAAAUCAGUUUGUUGAUGAACUAAUGGAGUUAGAGUUGUUCCUGUGCCAGUGGCAACAAAGCAUGGACUGCGACACAGACAUUGUCACUAUAACACAAUUCCAGACAGCCCCAUCUAUCCUGCAAGGACAGACACAGGGGAAAGUGCUUGCCAUGCUAUCUGUUGUGCGGGGCUUGAUUGGCCAACUGACAGACACACGGAUGCGCCAGCUGUUCCUGAUCCUGGCAUCUCCCAGAUAUGUGGACCGUGUGACGGAUCAUCUGCACCAACGCCUGCGACAAGCACAACUGCUGGAGAAGAAGAGUGUUUCUUGGGUGGAGAGAGGCAGAGCAGCUCAGGAAGAGAGGCAGAGUCUGGAGCCCAGGCUGUCCCUUCUACAGGAGAGAAGCCGGGAGCUAAAGAAGAAGAUUGAAGCAGACCUGUCCAAGAGAUACAACAACCGCCCUGUCAAUCUGAUCGGUACAGGCCUCUGACCUUUAUGUUUUCAACUCCAAUUAAAAAAAAAAAGCAUUA